AUGUUUUUCCUCAAAGAAGAGACCAAGGUCAUUUCAUUACACCCUUCCUACUUCGGACCGAAUGUGCGAGAGUAUCUCAUCAACCGUCUAAACGAGGAGGAGGAAGGGCGAUGUACCGGUGACCACUUUGUGAUUUGUGUGAUGGACAUGGUGGACAUUGGCGAAGGGAGAGUGCUACCUAGCAAUGGCCAAGCAGAGUACACCAUCAAAUACCGAGCGAUUAUCUGGAAGCCAUUUAGAGGAGAGACCGUGGACGCCAUCGUCACAUCCGUGAAGCCCACUGGAAUCUUCACUUUGGCCGGUCCUUUGUCAGUUUUCAUUGCACGCAAAAACAUUCCUUCCGAUAUCAAAUGGGAACCCAACACAGUGCCGCCACAGUAUACCGAUCACGCGGAUCAGGUCAUUGAGAAGGGAACCAGCCUGCGACUCAAGAUUCUCGGUGUCAAGCCAGAUGUUGCUGCCAUUAAUGCGAUUGGAACAAUCAAGGAAGAUUACCUAGGGCCUCUUUAA